UAAAAUAAAAUCUGGAAAGAAGAGUGGAAGCAAAGCAUCAGGACAGAAUAAAAAUAAAGGAAAACGACUACGAAUCAUCUGUAGAACGCGUCAUGAAGGACAACUGGACACAAAAAAUUUUGAUGAGUAUAUGAGGUUGAUUUUGAAGAUUAUACCAGAAGAAAGGAAGACAGGAUGUUCGUUUUUCGACCCUAUGUUCUUCAUAUCAUAUAUGGAUGCAGUUAAAAAGGCAAAGAAAAAAGAUUCUACAGCAAUUGAGAAAAGCAAUGUGUGGAAGUGGAUAAAGAAGCAAAAGAUAUUUGCUUGCAGAUAUGUUUUUGUUCCCAUCUGCCAAAGUAAUCAUUGGAAUCUUCUCAUACUCUGUAACUUGGGAGAAGAUUUGGAGAUGAAUGAAAAAAGUCCAUGUAUGCUGUUAUUGGACUCACUUCAAGAAGCAGAACCAAAGAACCUAGAACCGUGCAUCAAACAAUUUGUGUACCAAAUGUAUAAGAAUGAGUCAGUACAAGGAACUGAUGAUGUUUUCCAGUUCGAUUUGAGUAUUCCAAUGGUUCCUCAACAGGAUGACGGUGAAAAAUGUGGAUACUAUGUUCUUUACUAUAUGUUCAAGUUUUUGAUGUCUUGUCCAGAAAACUUCAACAUUAAUGAACAUGGUGGCUUUAUGAAUAGCAGUUGGUUCACAGAGGAAGAGAUGAACAACUUUUUCAACAAUCUAUCAUCAGAGAAAUUGCAUACUGACCAAAUGCAAGCUUCAGAAGACAUAAUUGUGGUCAAGGAAAAGAAUCUUUCAAGUAAUAUGGAAGUUGAUGGCCAAAAUGUCGAUAAUGAAAUUGCUGCUGAAGAAAUUGAAAAACUUUCUAAAGAUGAACAAGAGGCUGAGAUGGUGGUACAAUGUGAACCUAUUCGUUCACUAGUUGUGUACACUCCAGAGAGCUCACAGGAGCAGCAAGAACCCAACCAACCAACACCACCUGCAUCUGAAACAAUUGCCACUCAUGAAAAAGAUGGCAAGGAAAAGCUGGCUGCUGCUGCACCUUCUGUGAGAAAAUCUCCAAGGCUACAACCUAUAAAAGAAGAUGAAGAAGAUUUCUCUAUUCAUAUUGUCGACCCUGAGGGAGGAGAAAAUGCAGACAAGGGACCAGCAGAAAAAGCACAAAGAAUAGUAAGGGCGACAAAGAAUGAAGGUGUCAAUAAAAGGAAAGCCGUAGAAGAGGUACAACAUAAUAAGGAAAAGAAAUUGAAGAAAAAGGUGGAAGCAGAGAAUGAAGAUGAAGAAGUGGAAGAAGAAGAAGAAAAAGAUGAUGAUGAGAAACCAAAAAAGAUUUUAAUCCGUGCUUAUCCAUCAACAUUUUCAAAAACAAUCUCAAGGCUGUCUGAAGCUCAAAGGCAGUGGGUCAAAUCUGCUGGGUUUGGUGCACUCCUUCAUUUUACUCUUGGUGAGGAACUGCCACACAAGACAAUAGUUAAUUGCUUAUGGUGGUUCGAGCACAAUAAAUGUGAGUUUGGUCUAUUCCCAAAUCGGAAUCUUAAAAUAACAGAGGAUGAUGUUUUUGACAUAAUUGGUCUACCCCAAGGGAAAUUGGAUGUUAAACUUGAAGAUUCUAAAGAUAAAAUCCAAAGCUGA